UCAGCGUUAUCGCCUCAACCAACCGUCUGUCCCACUCCCAUUUGCCCUUUGUGAAUGGUCUUCAUAGCCGCGCAAAAAGUAACCAGUCAUAAGCCUCUGCUGGAUCACGUGGGCAAUGAAAACCAAUCUUUGAGAAGAUAUUUUGGAAGGAAUCCUUUGAAGCCUCCGGAUGUGACAUCCUGUAGAAAAUAUGCGUCGACUUGAAUAGCCAGUUUUCCCGGUCUAUCUUACAGAAGAAAAAGAUACAAAGAGGCUGAUAGCUGAGGAGCUUUAAAAGCUCAAUUUGUGUGAGGAGGAGGCAGGAGCUAAAGGAAGUCUGCAAAUGCAGCAGCUACAAGAGAAAGAGGAGGGGUAAAUGAGGCUCCGUUUGCAGAAAUAGGUCCUCCCUACGAAGCCGUCACUGCCGGCAGCCGCCCUUCCUGGUAUUGCAAAAAAAAUAAGACCAUCCAAUCUUUUUCGACAGCUGCCCUGCAGGCGCAAAGAAAGAAGCCUAGAAUUUCCCAUUGUCUUUCUUUUGUCUCAUGGAAUAUGCCAGCUCAACAAUUUUGGGGCCCUACUGCUGCUCCAUGAAAGACAUCUGUUGAGCUGAACUGGGCCAGACUAAUUAAGGCAGUUGGCAACAGCCCUAUUAUUGAUAUAAAGCCGGGACCCUUUGUCUCCAAUCCAUCCAAAGCAACGUCAGUGGCAAUAGCAUAGUCAGCCUAAAAUUUCUGCUGCCACCAACUGAGAUUCCAGGUCAUGUUUCCACAGCCCCUAUUUCUUUAGUGACAAGAGCUAAAGAGAUGGUGUCUUCAGUGCAUCGGACGACCUUGUCUGUCAAGAAUCGUUCUCGUGGUACCAGUAACUCUAUGCUGCUGCCUUCCAUGUUGAUGUUUGGUGUAAUUGUGGCAUCUAGUGGCUUACUCCUUAUGAUUGAGAAAGGAAUUUUGGCUGAGAUGAAACCUCCACCCCUCCACCCCUCUGCUAAAGAAAUGUUUUGGAGAACUGGCAGUAGGAGAACAGCAGGAGAUAUGGAUUAUCAAGUGCUGCAGGACAUCCGAAAUAGGACCAUCCAUACCAUUUGCAGACAAAAAAACAUGCCUCACACCAUUUGGGAUCUAGCAGCAGGCCAGAGGAGGACAGUGCUCAAACAUAUCCUGGUUAGUGACAAACAUCGCUUUUUAUACUGUUAUGUUCCCAAAGUGGCUUGCUCCAACUGGAAACGAAUUUUGAAAGUUUUAGAUGGUGUGUUGGAGAAUGUAGAUGUUAAACUUAAGAUGGAUCAUAAAAAGGACUUAGUUUUUUUAAAUGACAUGAAACCAGAAGAGAUUCGUUAUCGAUUAAACCACUAUUUCAAAUUUGUGUUUGUCAGAGACCCAAUGGAAAGACUUUUGUCUGCUUAUAGGAAUAAAUUUGGUGAGAUUAAAGAAUAUCAGUUAAAAUAUGGUAUAGAAAUAGUCAAAAGGUAUAGGAAAAAUUCUGGAAAAAGCAUGGGUGAUGAUGUCACCUUUUCUGAAUUUCUCCAGUAUCUCAUAGAUGAAGAAACAGAAAAAAUGAAUGAACAUUGGAUGCCAAUUUACAACCUGUGUCAACCCUGUGCUAUAAAGUAUGAUUUCAUAGGAUCCUAUGGGAGACUUGAAGAAGAUGCCAAUUUUGUUCUUGAAAGAAUACAAGCACCAUCCUUUAUACAUUUCCCAGAACGGCAAGCAUGGUAUAAGCCUAUAAGUCCUGAAACUCUGCAUUAUUACAUGUGUAAUACUCCAAGAGAACUUAUAAAAGAGCUAUUGCCAAAAUAUAUUCUGGAUUUCUCUUUAUUUGCAUAUUCUCUUCCAAAUGUUACUAGUCAGUUUUGCCGACAAUGAAAGUUUCUUUUGUGAAGCAAACUGUAUCCUAUGCAAUUUUUCUAAUUUCAUGGUUUCCUUUUAAUACUUUUGAUAACAUUAGUUUACUAUACAUGCUAUCUUUUAAAAAAUAGCUUUACAUUUUAAUUACAAAAUAGCAACUAUAGGACAGUAAGUUUUAGGAAGUUUAUAAAACAACCAGGGAAACAUAAAGCAAUAUCAAAAACUAGGCUUGUACAGCGGAAUCAGAAAAACCUGCUCGGUGUGCACCAUUUCACUUUUCCUGAUACAAAUGUGAAGCAGCAGUUUCGCAUAAUAUUUCAUUGAAGUACAGUUACAUAGGAUAGCUAAUGUAGCUAUUAAGGCAGAUAGCAGCCCUAAUAUAUUUGAAAGCAAGUCACAUCCUGCUUGUUAGACAUAUUUCCGUAUAACAAGCAGAAGAUCAGGAUUUAAACUAAAUACAAUUUACAUAAUGGCUUAAAAUAUUUAUCAAAGCUUAUAUGACCACUGAAAUAUAGGAAAGGCCAUUAAUAAAGCCAGUUGAAAUUAUGAGCAAAAUUAGAUUAUCUAAAAUGCUUCACAAUGUUUUGAAGGGAAGGGUAGAAAGGGUGAAGGUAUGAAUUUGUAUAUGCAAUUCAAAUAAUGUGUAGGUAUAUGUACUUUACGUUCCCAUAAUGGACAUUGUAUUUUUCUUUCUUUGAUAGUUUUGUAGGCUAUCAUGAUUUUUUUAUUUCCUUAUUGAUUAUAAAGUUGUUUGUGCUUUUCUUUGUGAAGGAAAAUACAUUUUGUAAUCUUAUCUCAGGAUUUACUUCUUGUAAACUGCUACAAUUUUAACAGCCUGUUGUUCUGUUCAGAUCAUGUGUUAAAUUCUGAUUAUCUACCUGAAUCCUUGAUUGUUUAUGAUCAUUUCAUUCCCUAGAAAGAAUAAAGCAAUUUACCUUUGCACAUGACUUUGCAUGCUGGACAGUUAUGCGUAUCACUGAACUGCCUUUACCAUAGAAACAAGACUAUUGUACAAGAGUAGAGGAUACUGCACCAUACAGUAUUCAAUAUUUUGUGCAUAGGCUGGAAGACUUUUGCUUCAAGCAGGAAAAAAUCCAAGCUUAAAAAACUCGAUAGCUUUAAUUUUCAGAUGUUUCCUUUUCCAUUUUAAAAAAAAAGUGUAAUUAUUUACUUGGAAUUUUAUUUUGUCUUUUGCUAUUAAUUUUUGAAGUAAAAAAUUAAAAAAAACUACCAUUAUAAUUUGAAAGGAGAUUCAUCUAAUCUUUUAUCUUUGUUCAACUAGUUAUGUUUAGAUACUGUGGUUAGAAAUUAAAUAAGCUAUGUGUUGAAAUGUGUGUGGAAUAUGCCUACUUUACUGAACCAUUGGUGGUUGACAGCAUAAGCCCAUCCAUGUUUUAAAUCCUUGGAGAAAAAGACAUCACUUACUAUCCGUGCACAGCUGUGAAAACUGAAACAAUUUAAAGUGACAAAACAUGACACUGAUUUAAUCCUGCAUGAUUUGUAUGCUCCAGUUUCCUUUGAUUGUACAAUGUGAUCUCUCAAGGCUCCUGAAGUUGUCUAAAAAGUAGAGCCUGCUUUUAAAAAAUGAGGUGCCCCCUGAAAUUUUGAGGAAACUCGUUUGAAUUGUUUAGAAGAGCCAUUAAGAGCUGCAAGGUAUGCUUGCCACAUUUUCAAAAAGUUUUAUUGUAAUUUGAUAGUAAAAUAAAUUAUUUUAACUUCUACU